AUGGCGUCUGCUACGCUGGUCGUAACUCUGGUUGCUUGGUGCUGUCUGGUCAGCGCCGCUAGUGCCGAUCUCGGCUACGCUCCUUCGGACUUAUCAAAUGAAGUCUCGCUGCAGGCCCUAUUCGAGCGAUGGUCCGUGGAGCACGGCAAGGUUUUCGGAGUUGCCGAGAAGGAGUCUCGCUUCCGCACGUUCGUGGAUAACUUGCACUUCGUUCACAACCUGAACUCGCAGGGCAAGAAGUUUACUCUUGCUCUCAAUGAGUUCGCUCAUUUGUCACACGAGGAGUUCAAGUCGUCACACUUGGGCUUCCGUAUCAACAAGAUUGUGACUGGCGAGCUGAUUUCGCUGUCAGAGCAGGAGCUGGUUGACUGCGACACGAAGAAGGAUCAGGGAUGUGGUGGUGGACUCAUGGACUUCGCGUUCGAAUUCAUCAUUAAGAACGGCGGUCUUGACACGGAGGAGGAUUAUCCUUACGACGCAACAGCUCACAAGUGCAACAAGGCGAAGAUGAACACCCACGUUGUCACAAUUGACGACUACGAAGACGUUCCUUCCAACAGCGAGGCUGGCCUUAAGAAGGCGCUUGCAGCGCAGCCUGUUUCCGUCGCAAUCGAGGCGGAUCGCCGGGAAUUCCAGUUCUACUCGAGCGGUAUUUUCGACGGCGAAUGUGGCACAGAUCUGGACCAUGGCGUCCUGGCCGUCGGAUACGGCACAGAGAACGGAACAGAUUACUGGAUUGUGAAGAACUCGUGGGGUCCUCGCUGGGGUGACCACGGCUUCAUCAGGCUGGUCAGGAACGUUGAAGCUGAGGAAGGCCAGUGCGGUAUUGCCAUGCAGCAUGCCACCUGCUGUGACGACCACCACCACUGCUGCCCUCAGCAGUACCCCGUCUGCCGCACUGACAUUGGCAUCUGCACAAUGAGCCCCAAUAUGGAAUUUGGAGUGCCGCUGCUCACUCGCUCCCAGGCACACUUCCGCUGGCCGUUCCUGCGUGAUGUGCUGGGACGCAAGGUGGGACAGGAACAGGAGAAUGCCUCGUAG